CGGGCUCUUAUUGUGAAAGCGAGAGGAGGCCGGUACAAUGCUUAGUCACGGUGAGUACAGCUUUCUCCCCACCUUCCUAUGUGGCGUACAGCUCGGCAGACCGCGAUGGAGGAAUUGAACUAGACAACUUGUCAGUUGAGCCAAAGCUUCCUGGUAAACACAGCAGUGCAAACAAAUUCCAUAGCUGGACAACCUCAAGGAAGGCGUCUCCGGAGAAAGCCACUGAACACCUCCCCCAUUCCCAAGGGUUCCAACUUACGCUUACGACACUUUUGGCACUCGACCCUGUUAUUGUUUUUUUUGUCCUUUCGGAGUUGACAAGCCUUCUCCUGCCUCAUCUAGAGUAUCUGAAUCUGCAGUGUAGCACUCUGAAGGGAGCUUUAAUUAUUACCUAUUUUUCAUGAAGCAGUAAAUCGGACUCUUAUUUUCCAUCGCUAGAGUACUCAAUAUGCAAGACUGAGCAGCACCUGUGGUGAAUCUGGCAAGCAUUUAGAUUAAUGUUCAAUUCCUUUGACUCUUGCGCUUGUUCAGUUUGUACAGUCAUAAAAACAUUCUGUACCUCUUAUUCAGUUUAUUAUUAACCCCUCUGCCAAAGCCAGAAGAAUCCUGAACUCAAGACAUUCUGAUUAUGUUGGAACUGCAACAUGUAAGAGUACAACCAGCUAUGACUGGCAGCUCACGUAGAAGUCUCUGGUAAUGCCAUAACGAGCAGAAUGUCUGGACUCAAGUAUUGAACAGAGCAAGGAAAUCCUCCAUUUCCACAUAAAUCCGACUUAAACGUGAACUCUUCCACACAAACAAAAAUCAGGCGUACCCAGGAGAGCCCGGAGCUUUCUGUUAAGCCGUGUGCCAAGUGUCAGUUCAAACUUCGGCUUUUAUUUCACCCACGCCUGCGCAUGGUGCAAGGAUGCCCCAUAACACCGCUUGCUUUUCUUGAGAAAGAGACCAGGAAGGAGGAGACAGGGUAGGAAAUGACCGAGUGCAUGACAGAAUGCAAAGCGCUGGUGACUCCGUCCACGCGCAACGGCCACCGUGUCUUCAGCUACACGCUAGAGAGCCACACGGCGGCCGCCUUCGCCAUCAUGAACGAGCUGCGCCUGGAGCGUCAGCUGUGCGACGUCACGCUGCGCGUGCGCUACAAAGACCUGGAGGCGGUGGAUUUUGUGGCUCACAAGGUGGUGUUGGCCUCCUCGUCCCCGGUCUUCAGGGCCAUGUUCACCAACGGCCUGAAGGAGUGCGGUAUGGAGUCGGUGCCCAUCGAGGGGAUCCAUCCCAGGGUUAUGGACCGACUGAUAGAGUUUGCUUACACAGCCAGCAUCUCUGUGGGGGAGAAGUGUGUGAUUCACGUGAUGAACGGUGCGGUCAUGUACCAGAUAGACAGUGUUGUCAAGGCCUGCUGUGAUUUCCUCGUCCAGCAGCUCGACCCCAGCAACGCCAUCGGCAUCGCCAAUUUUGCCGAGCAGAUCGCUUGCACGGAGCUCCACCAGAAGGCCCGUGAAUAUAUCUACAUGAACUUCAGCCAGGUGGCAACCCAAGAGGAGUUCUUCAACUUGUCCCACUGCCAGCUGGUCACCCUCAUCAGCCGCGAUGAGCUCAAUGUGCGCUGUGAGUCCGAAGUCUUCCAGGCAUGUGUGGCCUGGGUGCGCUACGACCGGGAGAACCGGCGACCGUACGUCCAGGCGUUACUCCAGGCUGUCCGCUGCCACUCCCUCACCCCCAACUUCCUGCAGGCCCAGCUCCAGUCUCUGGACUGGGACCCCCAGUGUAAAGACUACCUGGCCCAGAUCUUCCAGGACCUCACCCUUCAUAAACCCACCAAAGUAAUUUCUUGCCGAACACCCAAGGUGCCGCAGCUCAUCUACACAGCAGGGGGUUAUUUCCGUCAGUCUCUCAGCUACCUUGAGGCGUAUAAUCCCUGUACAGGAGCCUGGCUGAGGCUGGCUGACCUGCAGGUACCACGCAGUGGCCUAGCAGCCUGUGUGAUCAGUGGGCUUUUCUACGCUGUAGGUGGAAGAAACAACGCGCCUGAUGGCAACAUGGACUCGAAUGCAUUGGACUGCUACAAUCCUAUGAACAACUGCUGGCUGCCGUGUGCACCGAUGAGCGUUCCCAGGAACCGAAUCGGAGUUGGUGUUAUCGAUGGCAUGAUAUAUGCAGUUGGUGGAUCACAUGGGUGCAUUCAUCACAAUAGUGUUGAAAGGUAUGAUCCAGAAAGGGACCAGUGGCACCUGGUAGCCACCAUGUUGACGCGGCGCAUCGGUGUGGGUGUUGCGGUCAUCAACCGGCUGCUUUACGCCGUAGGGGGGUUCGAUGGGGCCAACCGGCUCAGCUCCUGUGAGUGCUACAACCCUGAGAGGGACGAGUGGAAGACCAUGGCCCCUAUGAACACUGUGCGCUCCGGAGCUGGUGUGUGCGCACUGGGGAAUCAAAUCUUUGUGAUGGGCGGCUACGAUGGCACUAACCAGCUGAACACGGUGGAGCGCUAUGAUGUGGAAACUGAUACGUGGACCUUUGCUGCCUCCAUGAGGCACCGACGCAGUGCUCUGGGAGUCACUGCGUUACAUGGACUCAUCUAUGUAUUGGGAGGUUACGAUGGAAACACUUUCCUGGACAGUGUGGAGUGUUAUGACCCUGAGAAGGACACCUGGUCGGAGGUGACACACAUGACAUCAGGGCGUAGCGGCGUGGGUGUGGCCGUUACCAUGGAGCCGUGCCAGAAAGAACUGCCACAGUGUCACACGUCUGAGAGUGAGAGCGGCGCUGCCUCACCAGCCUCAGCCUAUAGGUCCGCCAACUCCGGUUUUAGCUCUUACCACAAUCAGCGGCACGGAGGGCCCUACGGCAAAGGCGCAUGAGGCUCAUCGCUUGACCAUGUCUCUCACACACACACACAGACGAGCGCCCCAAAACUCCCCUCUGUCUUCCCAAAUCAAAAGAAAGCCCCUCAAAACUGAUUAUAGACAGGGGUGAGCUAAAACACCACGUGCUGCCUGACUGGUUCUAGAGAUCACACUUGAUGUAAAAGCAAAAAACUAAAUCAGGAACACUUUAUUUUAAAAGUGCAGUAUUGAUAGUAAUCUAUAAGGUGACAAAAAAGUAAUUUGAGUAUCUGCACUAUCCAAAUAAAGUAUGACCCCAGAUCCUACAGUC